CAACCAGGGCUACUUAACUAACCAACUCCAAACGAAAUUAGUUAAGGACUAGCAAAACAGAUAAGAUAUUUACGGAUUAAAUUUGAUUAAACAUCCAUACUGCCAUAUCUGAACGUCUGCCCAAUCUUGUGACCUUUAAACGUGUCUAAACACAAUCUACUAUAGACGAAUUACCAAAUAAAUACCAUUGUUUGCUGCGCAACAAGUGGACUCAAUAAAUCAAACCUGGAUAAUAUUCAAGUAUUCAACCUUGACGCUAUCGCUAUGGAUUUCUGGAGCAUUUUUAUGUUCAUUGUCUUGACAUUUCUUAUUAUGAGCUGCUGCGGAUAUUGUUGCUCUAGUAAACGGCGUGGCACAGUCUUAUCCAAUCAAGAGACUUCAAAAAAAUCGAGAAAUGAUUAUCCAGCUACCUCGUAUAUCCCUGACUUAGAGGCAGCCGGAGUCGAUGGAGGGGAAAUAUUUUUAUUUGAUAACACCUCAACAAGCGAUGCAGCAGCCACAUAUGAAACAUGUGAUGUCACAAAUGAUUGCUGUGAUGUCACAAAUGAUUGCUGUGAUGUCACAAAUGACUGCUGCGAUACCUCAAAUGAUUGCUGUGAUUGAACAAUCAACUCAAAUUUGCCUAAAAAAGAAAUGCAUUUAAUAGAAGGAAUUUGGAAUUUAUUGCUUUUACUUUCGAAUUUAGUUAAUUAAAUUAUUUCACUGCCAAAAUUGUAGCAAAAACUAACUAAAGCCAUCUCUUAAUUUAAAUGCUUUGCUUUUUAAAACAU